ACUCAAGUCAAUCAACGUAUGACGCUGUCUAGAUGGACUGCUGUUCACUUGCUGAAACAACAACAAAAUGCGGAGGGGUCUUCAUCUUCUGCUCCUUCUCAUCCAAUAUGAAGAUGGACUGCUGUUCACUUGCUGAAACGAUGACAAAAUGCAAACGGCGCUUCAUCUGCUGCUCCUGCUCAUCCCUUGUGGAGGAUGCUCAAGUGGUCCCAACUUCAAAUUGGAGAGCAAAGCUGUUGGUGAAAAGGUCUUUCUGACAUGUGCCUGUGACAAUCUCAAUUCCAAGGAUGUUUUUUGGAUGCGACUAACUUCUGGAGCCUUCCCUGAAUUUUUAACAUCAAACAGUACAAAUCGUAUUGAAAUCAAACCAGGGAAAAGCAAAAGUUUUCUGCAAAUUAGCAAAGUCCAGAAAAGUGACAUAGCAGUUUAUUACUGUCUCCACUGGAAAUCUUUGAUUAAUCCUGUGAUAUUUUUGCAAGGAAUAUUUCUUCAGGUCAGAGAAUCCCCUGAAGAAAAAUCGUCUGUUAAUGCUGUGACUCAAGACAUCCAGUCUGAAAUAGGUCAACCAGGACCGACCAGGACCUUACAGUGCAUGGUCCUCUCCCUCUCUGGAGACAAAACCUGCACAGAUAAACACAAAGUUUACUCGGUCAAAGCUGGAACAAAAGAUCCAAAACCCAGAUUUAUCUCAGCUCAUGAAGAAUGCGGAAAAGUUGGAAAUGGCAAGAUGCAGAAUUGUGUUUACACAAAUAACGUCACCUCCUCUGUGGCUGGAACUUACUUUUGUGCAGUGGAAACUUGCGGGGAGAUUUUCAUGGGCAAUGCAACAACAAUAAACAAUGAAGAUCCUAGCAGAUGUGAUUUACAAAAGUAUCUUCCCUUUGUCUUGGGUGCUACUUUGGCCUUAAGCUUCCUCCUGUCAGCCUUCUUCAUAUACAUGAUCAAGACAAAAAGAUGUUCUAACUGCAAAGCUUGUCUACAAAGCAAGGAUGAAGCAUCUAAUCAUCUUCAGCAGAGAGACGAGGACUCUUUGGUUUAUUCGGCGCCGAUCGUCUCCAGGAAAAGGGGCAAAUUGAAACAGGCAGAUGGAGAAUUUAGCACGUAUACAGACGUCUGCCUUCGGAAAUUAUAAGGCGGGAGAGAAAUUAUUCCAAUUUUCGGCAACUUUACAAGACUUUUGUGUUGAUUCCAAGGAUAUAUUAUGAUUACAAAGUACUGGAAGAAGACCACAAAACCUUUGGGAGGAUUUUAGUGAACCUAAUUUGGUGUACAAAAGUAUAAUAUCUAAAAUCAAUAUUAUAUUAGUCAUAAGAUUGUAAUUGUGACUAUAAUAAAAACUCAGUUCUGAAAAAAAUGCACCACAUUUUUAAACAUUUCAAUAAUUGAUCAUUAGUUUUCUUCAUUGGAGAUAAUGCGACCAUGUUGCAAUGUUGUUUUAAUUCGAAAGUUUCAUCUAGUGCUGGUGCUUUGCAUGAAAACUAUUACCAGAAUUUUCGCACUAUAAGGCACACCUGACUAUAAGCCGCCCCAAACCAAAUUCGACACGAAAAUGACGUUUGUUCAUGGAUAAGCCGCACUGGACUCUAAGCCGCAGCUGUCUUCACUAUAUUAUGGGAUAUUUACACCAAAAGAUAUUAACCGGUAACACUUUAUUUGAUAGCGGCGUUCAUACGACUGUCAUAAGACCAAAUGAACCACCAUUAAGCUUUGAACCAAUUGGCUGCAAAGUUUCAUUGCUUUUCGAAGCUUCAUUUGGCCAUCACUGCUCCUUUGGGGAAGACAGUCAACCUCUGCUGCCACCUGCUGUCAACACUGUUGUUGUUUAACAUGCCUCCUAGCAUGCAGUGCAGGGCUAAAGGUGUAUGUAAAUAACAUUCAAAAUCAACGUUCUGUGCAAAUUAUUUCUUCAGUUACUGUUCCAGUUGUUGUGUGUAUUUGGUAACAUUUUGUUUGACAGUGGCGCCAUUAGACUGUCAUUAGACAAUCAUAAUUAUGACAUGACAUGACAUGACACUGUCAUGAGCAUUUAUGAAUGCUUAUAACAGAUGUGAUUUAGUGUUAUCCGGCAAAUGAUCUCACUUUUGAAUGGAUGUAAAAGAUCCGAGCUGGACAUUAAUGGAGUUGGUAACAUAAUUUGCCGGUUGACACUGAAUGACAUCUGUCAUAAUCAUUCAGUAAUGCCCAUGAUAGUGUCAUGUCAUAAUUCUGACAGUUUUAUGACACCGCUGUCAAAUAAAGUGUUACCUAUUAACCCCAAUAAAUCAUCAAAUAAACCACACUGGACUAUAAGCUGCAGGAUUCAAAGUGAAGGAAAACAAGUAGCGGCUUCUAGUCCAAAAACUACGGUAGUAAAUUGAAUUUGUACUAUACUAACUGAAUUUGUGAGUAUUUUCAACAUGUGUCCAAUGAUGUAUUUGCU